AACUCGGAGCGAAAGAAAAGAAACCGAAAAUUUUCCCGUUUCUCUCUCGUACCUCAUUCUCUUGUCCAAAUUAGGGUUUUUAGAGUUCGAAUUAGGGUUUGAUUUAUUAGAUAUGGGUUUCGAAGCCAUGGCCAACGACGCUCCUGUGGUGCCCAUGACGGUGAAGGAGAUUGGGAAGAAGAAGAGGGUGAGCGUUCGGAUCGGUGUCGAAUUUGAGGCGAACAGGUCGGCAAAGUUGAAGCAGUGCAAGCUCGAUGCGAGGAGGGAGCAAUGGCUUUCUCAAGCAUUUGCAGUUAAGAGCAAGGAAGGGAAAAAUACUAAUAUGGCUAGCUCUCAGCAAAUUUCGGAGGGUAAAUCAGGAGAAAGGAGACAAUGCUGCCGGGCAGCAAUGACGAGCUUAGAGCAUGACGGAUCUGCCCUUCAAGACAGCAGUGAUGCAGAAUCGCCCACCCAUAGCCUUAACACAAGCCAUGCAAGAAAGGAGUGCCCCAUCAAUAAUAGCAGCAGUAGCAGUAGUACUGGGUCCUGGUCUAGAAGUGUCAGUGACGCUGAUGAAGAUGGUGAAGAUGAAACAGGUGAGAAUGGAGGAGGUGGCCUUGAUGACUGGGAAGCUGUGGCGGAUGCCCUCUCUGCAUCUCCUGACAAUGGACAGGAUCAUCAUCUCAGGUCUGCUGAUUCAUUGGCAGUCACUGCAAAGUCGGCAACAGAAACAACAAGAUCCUCUGAGCCGAUGAAGCAGGACCCUGACCGGACCAUUCCAAGAGCAUGGAGGCCAGAUGAUGUCUUUCGUCCACAGAGCUUACCUAAUCUUUCCAAGCAGCGGAGCUUCCCUGUAAACAUGGAGAGAUGCUAUGAUGCACAUCACAACCAUCGAAGUAGCCUCUCUCCGCCACCAUCGUCAUGCCCUAUAUGCUAUGAGGACCUGGACCUCACCGACUCGAGCUUUCUCCCUUGCUCUUGUGGUUUCCGCCUCUGCCUUUUCUGUCACAAGAGGAUACUUGAGGCUGAUGCGCGCUGCCCUGGGUGUCGGAAACAGUACAAUCCUCUGUCAGGCGAUGAGGAGAUUGGCAUCAUUACUGGAGUAGGGUUGCCUCCAUUAUCCUACCGGUUGGGUCGUUCUUUCAGUAUGAGUUCAAGAUCUUAAGAUAGGGAGUGACAGAAGAUGGCUCGGGUCUAUUAGCCUUCCUUUUGUUUUAGGAUGGGUCUUUUUUGUGUUGUCUGUUAAUCAAGCAUACUUUCAACUUGUGUUUUGCUUAUAGAGGCAGAAAUGUGAAUAUGGACAUAAGACCUGAAGCUCUGUAGGAUGGUUUCUUAUUAUAGGUGAUCCUGUGUGUGCUGUUCUUGCAUUGUAUGUGGGUAUGGGUGCUUAUAUGUGUUGUUAUACUUAUGUGAAUAGAUGAGAAAGAUAUUAAAAUUGUCAUACGUCAGACAUCAACAUACAAUAACUAGUUAUAUUGAGUUGUCU